GUUCAUUACGGUGUGAGCAGCGGUGGCCCUAGAACCAACAACAACAACAUGGCUCUUUAACUUACCCGCCAUUUACCUGCCUCUAAGAAGAAGAAAAAGACACUAUCCUGCAAUGUGCUGCAGCAAGAUGCAUCAUAAAUUGUAAGAAGAAAAAGACACAAGUGCUUGUUUGGCAGAGUUGAACAGCCACGUAAAUUACACUCACCCUGAAGAUAAAAACUAAAUAGUACUUGCAGAACAGAAAACAAUGGAAUCACAGUCAGCCCAGAAUGGCUAUGGCUCAGAUUUUGCUUCUCUUGACUUAAAUUUGGACUGUGAUGAUGCUGUUCCCUGUAUAUUCUGUGAUGAAAUAUUCAAUGUAAUGGAAGAUGAGCAGCCAAUUCUGCAUCAUUUAUCUACAAAACACAAGUUUGUCAUUGGAAAUGUGGAGCAGGUGGCAGACCUUAGACAAUUGAACAAGAAAAUGUCCAAAAAGCGCACCUACACUGACGCCUUUCUUUGCCAUGGCUUUGUGAAUUUAACUUCUGGUGGAGAGGAUCGCCACAAUGUGUGGCAUCGCCAGGCUGUAGCACUGAAGAAUAUCCAGUUCGGCUCAUCUGGAAUUCAAGCCCAAAAGCUUCAAGCUGCGGUCGAAGCAUCUUACUGUGUUGCAUAUAAAAUUGCCGAACAACAGAAGUGCCACACCAUUGCAGAGAAUCUGAUUAUGCCUUGUGCAUAUGAGAUGGUAAGCAAGGUAUGUGGGGAGGAUCAAGCGAAGAAACUGAGUGUCAUAUCUCUAUCAAACAACACCAUCCGCCAACGAGUCGAUGACAUGGCAUCAGAUAUCCUGUCCCAAGUUACAACAGAGAUCAAGGAAAGCUCAUAUGGCAAAUUCUCCUUGCAAUUUGAUGAAUCGUGUGACAUAGCCAGUUGUGCUGUUCUCCUUGGGUUCGUCCGUUACGUCCACCAGAACAAGAUCAAAGAAGAGUUCCUAUUAUGCGAGGAUCUGCUGACAACCACAAAGGGAGAAGAUGUCUUCAAUAUCAUCAACAGUUUCUUUACCAAGAAUGGAUUGGAUUGGAACAGCGUUCAACAGGUCUCCGUCGAUGGAGCACCGUCGAUGAUGGGUGGUCAUCGUGGAUUACUGGGCCUCAUACAAGCUAUCAAUCCAGAAAUUUCUGUAGAUCACUGCAUCAUUCAUCGGUACUCUCUUGGAUCGAAAAGCCUGCCUGGUAAUCUGAAGUUAGUGUUUGAAGAUGUGUUGAAAAUCGUCAACUUCAUCAAGUCCAGAGAUGUGAAUUCGCGCAUAUUCAAGGAGCUGUGCAAGGAAAUGGGAGAGCAGUAUCAAGUUCUGCUCUACCACACCGAUGUUCGCUGGUUGUCACGAGGCAAGGUUGUACGUCGAGUCAUUGAGCUCCGAAAAGCUGUUCAGGAAUUCCUGGAACGAAAAGGAUCUCCUUUUGCUACCAAGUUCACCGAUAAGGAGUGGCUUGCUCGACUUUGUUACUUGGCUGACAUAUUUGCGGAGCUGAACAGUGGUAAUCUGCAACUCCAGGGCCGAAACACGACUGUCAUUGAUGCCCAUCACACGUGUGACUGCAUUUCUGGGGAAACUGAGACUCUGGAUUCGGCGCUUGGAGAAAGGAGCUGCUGUGUGGAUGAUCACCAACUCCUGUACCCAUCUGCUCUUCAUGAGUUUGAACUUAAUAUAAAAAAAAUGCACUCGUAUUACUGUGCCUACUGCAGUGGACCCCCAGUUAUUGGCCGAAAGCCAAAUUUUGUUGUACUGUGUAUUCUCUUGUUACAUAUUUUAAGACUGUAUUGCUUGUUAUCAAUUUUCAGGAUACAGUGUUUGUUUUGUGAAAAAACAUUUAAGACUCAUCAGUUGUUGAGGACCCACAUGCGUAAACAACAGCACCGUUCUCUUAACCCAAAAAACAAGAUUUAUGACAAGUUUUACCUUCUCAACUAUUUACGGCCAGGUAUUCCUUGGGAAGAGGCUAAGCGUGACCUUGUCAGGGAAAAUGACAAAGAAAGCUUUGCUGAUGACUGGGGAGAAAGAAGGCAACAUGAAGAACAGCAGUGGGAUGACUGGCAAAACGAUGACACACCGUCUGCUACCUGUCUUUUCUGCCAGUAUACGACCAAGGUUAAAACUAGGCUCUUGCAGCACAUGAAGCUUCACCACAUGUUUGAUUUUCAAGACAUCAUGAAAAAAUUCAGCUUUUACGAACAAGUUAAGAUUGUCAACUUCAUAAGAUCAUGCGGGAGCAAGGGCCUAGUAACCUCUUCUCCUGUAUAUAUUACUAAAUGUAAAAGGAGAAACUUUUGUUUUUCCUUUUGGGCCACCCCGCCUCAGUGGGAUACGGCUGGUAUGUUGAAAGAAGAAAGAAUAUAUACUCUUGUCUGUAUUGUAUUUAAAUUUCAUAAAUAUUUCCACAGAUAUCACAUCCCAGUUGUAGAGAAUGAUGGUUUGCUCUGCCAGUUGGAAGAUGGUGAAUUGAAUGAUGCUGAGGCUACAAGUUAUUCUUUAUCUGAGAACGACGUGCCUGUUGUCCCAGAAGACAUUUUGUUGCAUAGCAACUCAGUGCUGAAAGACUCCAGACUAAGAGAGGAAAUCAAUUGGUCAGAAAGUGCAGGCAUCUUCGGUGCCGUGAUGUGUUUAUUUUGCUGCUACAAGUUUGGAGACUACGCUCACAUCCAAGUCUACAACCACAUGCAAGCUUUGCACUUUGAUUUUACUGAAGUGAUGAAGGAUCUCUUUUAUAGCAAGUUAAACUCAAUCAACUACAUCAAAUGGAAAACAUCUAAGAGCGAGUGUUACGUGUGUGGGAAGAAGUUCAUCAGGACAUACUCACUGGAGGAACACCGAGUUAUAGCUAACCACAUAAAUCUUGCUGAUGCUCAUCUCUAUGAAGAUAACCGGUGGCUGCAACCUGUUUUGGAGGAGGAUGGUCUACUCCAGAGUCUCCGUGAAGCUGGUGACUCAGAUGAUGAGGAUCCUCGCCAUCCUGACUCUAGUUGCCAUGGAGUUGUGUUCAGUGAGAGGAUUAUUGUACCACCAUCGAUCCUGAGUGAUGAGACUUUGCGACUAGAACUUCUGGAAAACAUGGAUCAACAUUUUUCAUUAUCAUCUACAGCUUUUAACUAAACUAACUUGAUUAAAAACAAAUGUAAAACUGUCUUCUGUAAUUGAUUUUUUAUUCAUAAAAAAAUUACAUUCAGAAUUUUAUUAUAUGGUCUUAAUUUCCAUAAAGAGCAUUAGGUCAGACUUCCCCUCAUUAAGGUGGCUGUGACCCGCCUUAACUUAAAUACUCUGUUCUGUACAUUUACUGUGCAUGGAGACUCAUAUACCCCUUUUUAAUGUUCUGGAAGUUGAGUAUGCACUAGAGCAGUGUUAUUCACUAAUUUUUGCAAGAGAGCCACUUCGGUUAAACACAUUGAUUGAGAGAGCCGCAGCUACUGCAAGUUAGCGUAACUCAACUAAAUUAAGUAGUACUGAGCUGCUAGUGCAAUAUAGUAAAUGAGAAAAAUUAGACAUGGUAAUAUUAGCCUGCAUAUCUUG